CCAACCCACUAAUUUGCAGUGAUGGUGUCUGUGAAACGGCGAGACAAGAGAAAGGAAACACGGGAGAGCAAUAAGAUCGCUGGCUGUUCAGUAGAACGUGGAAAGGUAAAACGACGACCUGAGAAAGACACCGACCCGGAUCUGUUCCUGCGAUAGGAGAACGCUUGCAAGAGAGAAUCACGGAAUUGUAACCCUGGUGCGUUCUUAUCUGAAUCGACUCUAAACUCGUGCGAAUUUGCUCGAGUUCACACCUACUUCCGAGUUAACUAGGUUUGAGGGCGUGGGAACGUAAAUUCCUCCGAGUUUACGAGUUGACUCGCGAUCUUGAUAACCUGAUAGCGACAUUACAACCUUCCUUCACUCCAAGAACUUCAGUCUUCAAGAAUCUGCCAAUUAAUUGAGCAAAUAGCUCUGGCAAGAUAUGGCUACUAGACGUGUUCGUUACUCCCCUCUUGCCACAGACGACAAUGAUGUUGCUAUUAAUAGAUCAUUUGACCCACGAUUUGAUUAUACACCGAAGGCCUUGGAUAAAGUUCCCUGGAAAUCCAUUGCCCUUGCACUCUUCUUGCUAUUCCUUGGUACAGGACUUCUGUUUCUUUCAUACUUUAUCUUCACUGGUCAUAUGGGGGGAGAGCGUUCUCAAGCAUAUGGCCUUUUAGCCCUUGGCUUCCUUAGCUUUCUCCCAGGUUUUUAUGAGACUCGAAUUGCAUAUUAUGCAUGGAGGGGUGCUCAAGGAUACCGCUUUUCUGCCAUCCCUGAUUAUUAGAGCAUUACUGUAAAAGAGUAAUAGAGUUAUACCUCGAAAACUUUGUAAUGAUCAAAUUUGGUUGCAACUUGUAUGUUUGAAUGACACAGAUAGAAUAAAAUGAUAGAUGUAAUCGUUUUGAUAGAGAA